AUGGCGGCGGCGAGGCGGGACGCGGCCCCGGGCACGUCGAGCGCUCAAGAUGGCGGCGGAAGCUAUGAAGAGGAAAACGCGGGAAGGAGGCGGUGGCAGCAGCGGCGGCGGAAGGGAGGGAGGGAGUGCAGGCAGUUCUCGCGAGACCACCAGAAGGACGUGUGCGCGUGCGCGGGGAGAAGCGUGCGGUGGGGGCGAGAAUGGCGCCCUCGCGAAGACGCUGGGAGGCGUUGCCUAGGAACCGCGUGCGUGCUGGUGUUGUCAAGGGAACGCAGAAGCAUCCUUCUCCCCCCGGGCUCCCGCUGCCUCAGCCGCUCACUGGCUCCUUCGUUCGGAGCUCCCUCGGUCCGCUUCCUGGCCUUUGGGUCGCACCCCUUGCCCACGAUGCCCGUGAGGUCCAGCAAUGUGGUGCAGCCCCAGGACUACAAAGAAGCGGCUGCCCUGGAAAGGAAGAGGCAAGCGGAGCUGCGGCAGCAGAGCCGCUGGUUCAACGCCCGGGAGCGACUGAUCGGGGGAGAUUAUAAUGCCUGGGCCGCUCAGGUUCAAGAUCGGAAGAUUCAAGAAGCCACCGAGAAAGCAAAGCACGAGAUGAUUGGUGCAGAGAUGAGACAGAAUGACCACAUAGCCUGCAUCUUAGACCAGCGUCAACGGAGGGACAGGCGCGAGCUCCAGAAAGCCAUCAGUGAGUUCCAGCAGACCUUCCAGCAGCCUGAGAGUCGCCGGGAGUUUGAUCUCUCUGACCCACUGGCCUUAAAGAAGGCUGUUCCGGCUCGUGUGUCUGACCAGGACACCUCCAACACCAUCUCUGGGAUGCAGAAAUUCAUGGGGGAGGACCUGAACGCUAAAGAGAGGAAGAAGGCCCAGGAGGAGCAGAACCGGGAGUGGGCCCUAGAGCAGCAGAGGACCUGGAACAAGGCGCUGGCUGACCACAAAUUUUCAGAGGACCUCUUCACCAAGACCAGGCUGGAGUUUGACCAGACUGCCAGGGACCUUCAGAAGCUGGAACUGGCCACUAAACGUGUGGUGUGCAAGACAGUGAAGGAUUUCAACAAAAACCAGAUGCUCGAAGUGAUGGAAAGGAAAAGGCGUGAGCGCAGACAGGAGGAGGAAGACAAUAUGGCAGAGAUCACCAGCACCCUGCAGAGUGACUUCCUCUCUGAGAACCCACAGCAGGCCGCCGGCUUAUUGGGAUCAAACAAGGUGGUCCCCUACAAGUGGAAGGGCAUGACCAAGGAGCAGCUGGAGGAGAUUUGGCUGUUUCAGAAGCAGCAGAUCCAUGAGAAGCAGAGGCUGCGAGAGGAGGAGAGGCAGCGAGACCUUGAUUGGGACCGGCAGCGAAUCCAGGCGGCCAGAGCCAACCUCCUGUUUGAAAGGCAGCAGCAGCGACUCAGCCGGGAGCUCCGCCGAGCCAUGGAUAACCAGAACCGGAACUUGGCUCAGGAACAUAAAGACAUGCAAGAUUACCUCAAGGAGCAAUUCUACGUUAAUCACCCAACCGCACAAUAUUUCACACAAUUUAAUACAAGUAGUAAAUAA